AUGCUUUUUGGACGAUCAUCUGAUAAAACACCAGCUGCACCAGUUGCACCUGCUGGUCCUAGCUUUGAAGAUCAAAUACCAACUUUACGAGAAUUUCUUCGUGAAUAUAAUCGUAUUGCUGAAGUUUGUUUCAAUGAUUGCAUCAAUGAUUUUACAGGUCGAACAACAACAACAUCUGAAAUUUCGUGUGUUAAUAAUUGUUUGGAAAAAUUUCUCAAAGUAACACAACGUAUUUCACAACGUUUUCAAGAACAACAAAUGCUAAUGAAUGAAACUCAAGUUGUUGCUGGAAAGGCUAAAGGUCUUUUUCAAUAA